AUGCAAUUUCUUUGUCUUUCUCGCCUCUCUUUUUUUUUUCUUUCUUUCUUUCUUUUUCUUUCUUUCUUUCUUUCUUUUCUUGCAAUUUUUUUGUCUUGUCUCGCCUCUCUCGUCUUUUCACCUUUCUUUCUUUCUUUCUUUCUUUCUUUCUUUCUUUCUUUCCUGCAAUUUCUAACUUUGUCUUGUCUCGCCUCUCUCGUCUUUUUUUUUCUUUCUUUCUUUCUUUCUUUCUUUCUUUCUUUCUUUCAUGCAAUUUCUAACUUUGUCUUGUCUAGCCUCUCUCAUUUUUUCACCUUUCUUUCUUUCUUUCUUUCUUUCUUUCUUUCUUUCUUUCUUUCAUGCAAUUUCAGUUUUGUCUUGUCUAGGCCUCUCUUUGUUUUUCACCUUUCUUUCUUUCUUUCUUUCUUUCUUUUCUUUCUUUCUUUCAUGCAAUUUCUAACUUUGUCUUGUCUCGCCUCUCGUCUUUUCACCUUUCUUUCUUUCUUUCUUUCUUUCUUUCUUUCUUUCUUUUCAAUUUUCUUUGUCUUUCAUGCACCUUUCUUUCUUUCUUUCUUUCUUUCUUUCUUUCUUUUGCAAUUUCUAACUUGUCUUGUCUCGCCCUCUCGUCUUUUCACCUUUCUUUCUUUCUUUCUUUUCUUUCUUUCUUUCUUUCAUGCAAUUUCUAACUUUGUCUUCCUCUCUCAUCUUUCACCUUUCUUUCUUUUUCUUUCUUUCUUUCUUUCUUUCUUUCAUGCAAUUUUCUUUUUUGUCACAUUUCUUUCUUUUCACCUUUCUUUCUUUCUUUUUUCUUUCUUUCUUUCUUUCAUGCAAUUUCUAACUUUGUCUUGUCUACGCCCUCGUCUUUCACCUUUCUUUUUUUUUCUUUCUUUCUUUCUUUCUUUCAUGCAAUUUCUUUGUCUUGUCUUUCCUCUUCUUUUUCACCUUUCUUUCUUUCUUUCCGUUUCUUUCUUUUCUUUCGCCUUUCAUCAAUUUCGCCUUUGUCUUGUCUCGCCUCUCUUCUUUUCACCUUUCUUUCUUUCUUUCUUUCUUUCUUUCUUUCUUUCAUGCAAUUUUCUAACUUUGUCUUCAUCUCUCGCUCACCUUUCACAUACACCUUUCUUUCUUUCUUUCUUUCUUUCUUUUCUUUCUUUCUUUCAUACAAUUUUCUUUGUCUUGUCUGGAGCCUCUCGUCUUUUCAUUUUUCUUUUUCUUUCUUUCUUUCUUUCUUUCUUUCUUUUCAUGCAAUUUCUUUUUGUCUUGAAACCGCCUCUCUCGUCUUUUCACCUUUCUUUCUUUCUUUCUUUCUUUCUUUUCUUUCUUUCAUGCAAUUUCUUUGUCUUGUCUCGCCUCUCGUCUUUACGAAAAUUUUCUUUCUUUCUUUCUUUUCUUUCUUUCUUUCUUUCUUUCUUUCAUGCAAUUUCUGAAACUUUGUCUUUGCCUCUCGAGUCUUUUCACCUUUCUUUUUUUCUUUCUUUCUUUCUUUCUUUCUUUCAUGCAAUUUCUAACUUUGUCUUGUCUCCUCUCUCAUCUUUUCACCUUUCUUUCUUUCUUUCUUUCUUUCUUUCUUUCUUUCUUUCUUUCAUGCAAUUUCUUUGUCUUGUCUCAGUCCUCUCUCAUCUUUUUUCACCUUUCUUUCUUUCUUUCUUUUUCUUUCUUUCUUUCUUUCUUUCUUUCUUUCAUGCAAUUUCUAACUUUAAGCCUCUCUCAUCUUUUCACCUUUCUUUCUUUCUUUCUUUCUUUCUUUCUUUCUUUCUUUCUUUCAUGCAAUUUCUAACUUUGUCUUGUCUCGCCUCUCUCAUCUUUUCACCUUUCUUUCUUUCUUUCUUUCUUUCUUUCUUUCUUUUUGCAAUUUCUAACUUUUCUUUCAUCCUCUCAUCUUUUCACCUUUUUUCUUUCUUUUUUCUUUCUUUCUUUCUUUCUUUCUUUCUUUUCAUGCAAUUUCUAACUUUGUCUUGUCUGCCUCUCUUUUCUUUUUCCUUUCUUUCUUUCUUUCUUUCUUUCUUUCUUUCUUUCUUUGCAAUUUCUAACUUUGUCUUGUCUCGCCUCUCUCAUCUUUUCACCUUAAUUUUCUUUCUUUCUUUCUUUCUUUCUUUCUUUUCUUUCAUGCAAUUUCUUUUGUCUUGUCUCGCCUCUCUCAUCUUUUCACCUUUUCUUUCUUUCUUUCUUUCUUUCUUUCUUUCUUUCUUUCAUGCAAUUUCUAACUUUGUCUUGUCUCGCCUCUCUCAUCUUUUCACCUUUCUUUCUUUCUUUCUUUCUUUCUUUCUUUCUUUCUUUCAUGCAAUUUCUAACUUUGUCUUGUCUACGCCUCUCUCAUCUUUUUUUCUUUCCUUUCUUUCUUUCUUUCUUUCUUUUUUCUUUUUUUCUUUUUCUUGCAAUUUCUCAUCUUUUCACCUUUCUUGUCUUUUCUUUCUUUCUUUCUUUCUUUUCAACCUUUCUUUUUUCUUUCUUUCUUUCUUUUUUUCUUUCUUUCAUGCAAUUUCUUUCUUUUCUUUCUUUCUUUCUCUCAAUUUUUAA